GCUGUCGAUCUCUACGACAAGGCUAUCGCCCUGUCCCCGUAUGAUCACGUGCUGCAUGGCAACAAGGCACAGGCGCUUCUGUCCGCUCAUCGAUUCUCAGAGGCUCUUGCCAGUGCUGACAUGUCCGUCGCUCUCAUGCCGGACUGGGGGAAAGGUCACUUUCGCAGG